UUAACUGCCCAUUCAGCUGAGGCUCCGCGCGCGCUCCCCUCGUGCGUCAGUGCGCAGGCCCGUAGAAGACGUCAUGAGCGUCUUACUACCCAACAUGGCGGACUUUGAUACCAUUUAUGAGUUAGAAGACGAAGAGGAAGAGCACGUAGUGAGCGAGGAGCACCUGCCCAGAUACUGUCCGGAGCCCGUGGUUAUGCGUGGGGCCGGCCACAUCACCGUGUUUGGACUCAGCAACAGAUUUGACACAGAAUUUCCUUCUGUUCUCACGGGAAAGGUAGCACCAGAAGAAUUCAAAACCAGCAUCAGCAGGGUCAAUGCUUGCUUGAAGAAGAACCUGCCAGUGAAUGUGAAGUGGCUCCUCUGCGGCUGCCUGUGUUGUUGCUGUACCGUGGGCUGCAGUCUGUGGCCUGUUAUCUGCCUCAACAAGAGAACAAGACGGUCUAUCCAGAAGCUGUUAGAGUGGGAAAAUAACCGAUUAUACCACAAGCUGGGGUUGCACUGGAAACUCAGCAAAAGAAAAUGUGAGAGCAGCAAUAUGAUGGAAUAUGUGAUUCUUAUAGAAUUCUUACCUAAAUAUCCUAUAUUCCGACCAGACUGAGGAGGCUGUUGUCAGACUGACGUGGGGCCCUUGAAUCUUAUCCUUAGUGCCUUGUAUAUACAGUAUGUUGGAAAAAGGGUCUGCACCGGUGUCUGCUCCGACGGGCCCCUAUAUCUCCCACUACCUUGUACAUUAAAACUUUGCAACAGUGUCACUUUGCUUUAGAGCAGAUUUUGCACACCCCGCCCCUCCAAACAGAACCAGAAAUGCUCCCCUUUGUUGCACUCUAAUGUGUUUUUGUUACAUGUUUGAAAAACAAGUGAAACUCUCAAAGUGCAUUUACCCCAAAGAACCCCCCCGUUUCCCCCCCGUUUUAUCAGUAAAUCCCUUGCAAAGAAUGUGAUGCCUCCACCUUCUGUAACUAUCCUUGCCUUAUGUAGGAUUUAUAAAACGAAAUAAGAAAAGCAGGUUCAUCUGCAUGUAUCCGGGGAGGAAUCAGUGGGCGGGCGAAGAAGUCUUCAGAUUCAGAUGUCAGAUGCUGUUUGUUGGGGUUUCGUCUCUUUGAAUCCAGUUCUUUGCAGGUUAAAGGGACGGUUGAAAUUGCCCAACACACAGCGUACAUCCUCACUCCGUGUUCGGUCUUUGCAUUAGCCCUUUGUACAUGGAGACUAGUUACAGGAACUGUAAAUACCAUGUUAAGAUAAGCUGUACAGUGGUAUACCAUUGUUUACAUAAAGUUACUUAGUUACCUUAGUUUUUGCCAAUAUAUUGCUGUACCAUAGUUUUCAUUAAUGAAAGAUGUCUAUGUACCCUUCUAGUUUAUAUGGACCUGUUUACCUUGUAAGCCAUAUAGUGACAGUGUAUCUGAUGCCAGAGUUAAGACUGACUUUUGCACUUGAGCGCAGAGGAGGGUCAGGAUUGGAAAGGAAGCGCAUCCUGAAUAUUAAUCCUGCAACCGCAGCAGUGCAUGUUCUAACCUGUAGUUUUUGCCAAUGGACGUGACGGUCAUAAUCCUUUAAACAAGAGACGGUUGGAAGAUUUUGAUUUGAACUGUUUGACUACACGUUUUCUGUUUUGUUUUUUAAUCCAAACUUGAAUUAAUUUUAUAGUUUUAUACUGUGCAGUGUUGGGUCCUGAUGUGUCUGGAAGCGUGUUCACCCCAGUGUGCAUACGUUGAGCAGAUGUCUCCUUUGUUUCAGUCAUCAUCUCAACCGAUAUGUUAUUUUCUUAAAUCCAGUUCGAGAGAUUUGCUACAUUUCGUUGUUUCAGAGUGCCUCCGGAACAGUAAAGAGCUACAGAGACGUACAGGAUGAAAUCAGUUUUCCUGUGUAAAGAGGAUUUUAAAUCCUCCUCCCACUAUUGUUCCUGAAACAGUUCUUGUACAUGUUUAUCAUGAUGAUCUAAUUCCUCUGGAGAGAGAAAAUAAAUGGUUGAUUUGAAUCCUU